UGGGUGCUGAGGCCGGCAGCGGCCGAGGCGCGCGGGGCGCCGCCGCCCGGGUGUGCUCGCGGCCGAGGCGAGGGCGGAGGCGACUGGGCGGCCGCCGCCGUGCGUGACGAGUGAGCGCGAAAAGACAACACUUGUAUAAUGGAAUUUUAUCUGACCCUUUAGACCAGAUUUCUUGAUUCAGAAUAUUUCUUAUGCAAGUUGUUUUGACUGCUAAAGGUAGAAAAUUUCAACUACAGAAGAAUUAAUUUCAAUAUCGUCUAUGAGAAUCCUGAUUUGCUUUUGAUUUUCUGUAACCUUUCUUAUUACGUUAUGAACAAGCAAAGAACUUACCGCUUUAGACAACGCCACAUUAAUAAGAAUGCCUAGAAAAGGAUUAAUCCUUCAGACUCGGACCCACUGGCUGUUAUUGGGUCUUGCUUUACUCUGCAGCUUGGUAUUACUCUUGUACCUUCUGGAAUGUGCCCCCCAGACUGAUGGAAAUGCUUCUCUUCCUGGUGUUAUUGGAGAAAAUUAUGGCAAAGAAUAUUAUCAAGCCCUCUUACAGGAGCAAGAAGAACAUUAUCAAACUAAGGCAACCAGUCUGAAACGCCAAAUUGCCCAACUGAAACAAGAAUUACAGGAAAUGAGUGAGAAGAUGAAAUCACUCCAAGAGAGAAGGAAUAUAGGACCUAAUGGCAUCAGCUAUCAUGGCAAUAAAGAACAAGCCCCUAGUGAUCUUUUGGAAUUUCUUCAUUCCCAAAUUGACAAAGCUGAAGUUAGCAUAGGAACCAAACUACCUAGUGAGUAUGGGGUCGUUCCCUUUGAAAGUUUUACAUUAACGAAAGUAUUUCAGUUGGAAAUGGGCCUCACUCGCCAUCCUGAGGAAAAGCCAGUUAGAAAAGAUAAGCGAGAUGAAUUGGUGGAAGUUAUUGAAGCCGGCCUAGAGGUUAUUAAUAAUCCUGAUGAAGAUGAUGAGCAGGAAGAUGAGGAUGGUCCCCUUGGAGAGAAAUUGAUAUUUAAUGAAAAUGACUUCAUAGAAGGUUAUUAUCGCACUGAAAGAGAUAAGGGCACACAGUAUGAACUCUUUUUUAAGAAAGCAGACCUUAUGGAAUAUAGACAUGUCACCCUCUUCCGCCCAUUUGGACCGCUUAUGAAAGUAAAGAGUGAGAUGAUUGACAUCACUAGAUCAGUCAUCAAUAUCAUUGUGCCACUUGCUGAAAGAACUGAUACAUUUGCACAGUUCAUGCAGAACUUCAGGGAUGUAUGUAUUCAUCAGGACAAGCGAAUUCAUCUCACUGUGGUGUAUUUUGGUAAAGAAGGAUUGGCUAAAGUCAAGUCUAUCCUAGAAUCCAUCGCAAGUGAGUCUAAUUUUCACAAUUACACGUUGGUCUCAUUGAAUGAAGAAUUUAAUCGUGGACGAGGACUAAAUGUGGGUGCCCGAGCUUGGGACAAGGGAGAGGUCUUGAUGUUUUUCUGUGAUGUUGAUAUAUAUUUCUCAGCCGAAUUCCUUAACAGCUGCCGGUUAAAUGCUGAGCCAGGUAAGAAGGUGUUUUACCCCGUGGUCUUCAGUCUCUACAAUCCUGCCAUCGUUUAUGCCAAUCAGGAUGUGCCACCACCAGUGGAACAGCAGCUGGUUCACAAAAAGGAUUCUGGCUUUUGGCGAGACUUUGGCUUUGGGAUGACUUGUCAGUAUCGAUCAGAUUUCCUUUCCAUUGGUGGAUUUGACAUGGAGGUAAAAGGAUGGGGAGGAGAAGAUGUUCAUCUUUAUCGAAAAUACUUACACGGAGAACUGAUUGUGAUUCGGACUCCAGUUCCUGGUCUCUUCCACCUCUGGCAUGAGAAGCACUGUGCUGAUGAGCUGACCCCCGAACAGUACCGCAUGUGCAUCCAGUCCAAAGCCAUGAAUGAGGCAUCACACUCACACCUGGGAAUGCUGGUCUUCAGGGAGGAGAUAGAGACUCAUCUUCACAAACAGGCAUACAGAACAAAUAGUGAAGCUGCUGGUUAACAUAAUCGACACUUUACGCUGAACCACAAACCAGCACUAUUUACUUAGCCUUAAUCCCAGUUCCAGAUGCAGUGCCUCUUUCAGAAACAUACCUAUCUUUUAUGGAUUUUGACAUCAGUUUAACUUGACAUGGGGUAGGGGGGGGGGAAAGCAAGGGUUUCAAUGCAGAGCUUGUUUGUGAGAAUAAAAUGCUAUGGAAUCAUUGACAAAUCAAAAUCUGCUAUUCCAAAGGUAGUGUUUUGGUUCUUUUUCCCUUUUUUUGGAGGUUCUGUCAUUUUUUCUUUUUUUUAAUUGAGUCACAAUGAGAUACAGUUACAAAGCUUUCAUGGUUGAGUUUCAGUCAUACAAUUGAGUUCCAGUCAUACAGUGAUUGAACACCCAUCCCUCCAUCCAUUGUGCAUUUUUCACCACCAGCGUCCCCAGUAUCCCUCCCGCCCACCACCCCAUCCCACCCCCUGCCUCUGUGGCAGGCACCUUCCAUCUUACUCCUCUCUACUUUCCAAAAGUAGUUUUAAGUUAGUGCUAACAAGGUGCCCAUGUUUUGAUGUAUCUUUGUUGCCUCUGGGCUUCAUGAUGGAGUGUGUUGAUCUUGCUGAUAGCUGAUCAGGGAGUGUCUCCUAGCAGAGAGGAAUGGAUGGAAUAUAUGCAAAAGGGCUUUUCCUCUUCUGACCACUGAGCUAACCUGCUUGGUUUUUUUAUGAAGAUAUUUAGUCAGUUGCUUGAAGAAUCCUUGUUUACUGAAGUACAGAUAAUUAAAUGUCAUAUCUGAAAUACCAGUCAGUUGAGAAGACAGAAAUGUCUUUUAAUGUUGUUCAGAAUAUCUUUUUAAUCAAAAAACACAAUACUUCAGGUUUUGAUCUAUGACUUGUUUAGAAAUACAAUGUGUUGUUACUUUAUCAUGUUCAGAAUUAGUCAAAUUUGCUGUAGACUAUUUUGAAAAAAGAAAUAAUCCUAGAAAUGUCUUUAAAUGAGCAUUUAAUUAUGUUAGAGCACAGUACACUAGAGAUGUCUGGAGAAAGUGUACGGGAACCAGGGCUACCUCAGGGUCGUCUUGUGGUAGUUCAAAAUAGCUA